UGGAUCUUAAGCUUUUUACGAUUAAUGGUAUGCAUGAAAACAAACGUGUUGGCUAUAGCUAAAAGCGGGCACUGAAAAAUGUUAGCUAGGCCAUCUAAGCUAGUUAUUGUAGCUAAGUGUGCAGGCAAAUUGAAUUUCAAUUAAACCAUAUCAAAGAUGCACAAAGCGUAUGUUAAAAUAACUACAAUAUGUUUAUCGAACGAAUAUAGCUAACUAGCUAGGCAAACUAACCUGGCAGAUACAGAAUAACAAGUUAGCAGGUAACUAACAAGAAGGACCGAUAUCCGUGCCAGAAGAUAAUUAAACCUAUCUAUUUAGGUCGAAAUAUCAGUUUAUGUUUAUAAUAAUAUAGGUAGAUAGCUAACACAUCCUGUCUGUUAACAUAAUCCAAAGAACGCGGACGAAUAAACUAAUUUUACAGUAGUCAGCUCGAGUUCAUCAAUUCACGAUCUGCUACUAAUUUACUGUAUGAAUUUGUAAACAUAUUUUUACGGGAAGGCCGUAGAGUUGUCAUUGACCGCCUUGGACUUGUUUGACCCUAAUAAAAGUUACUGAUCGUACCAAGAUAAUACAAGUGAUGGUACGUUCGUAAAUCUACUUCGACUUUCACAGCACUUUUAGUUUGAGUGCCAGAGGCCGCGGAAUAAUUGAAGUAUUUACAAACACCAUUAACUUUGUUAUGACCGGUGUAAGUAAACGUCGGCAAUAGAAACUGAACAAAAUUGUUGCCAUACAUUUGUCACUAACCCUCAUGAUAACAUAAAGGCACUAACCAGCUCUGCUAGGGCGAGUAACAUUUUCAGUAAGGUGUUAUUUAAUUUGUCUGGAAGUAGCUAGCCAACUUUUGCCAGUUCGCUUGGGUGCUUGACUGCGGUUGAGCUCAGAUCAACACUGCUCCUCCGCCAGAGCGUCCAGUGUGCACGCUGAACGCACUCUGGCACUCCACAGUUAAUUUACGAACCAAUUCCUGUCUAGCUAGUGUUAUUGUCUAUGCCAGGAACACACAGAAUGUCGAUGUGCUGUUUGUUUGGCAAGUCUUAUGUGAACCCAAUAGCUGCAUCUCGUGCCAAUGGACCCGCACCCAAUGCAGGACCCUCUAUCCAGGAUUACCUGAGCAGACCACGGCCAACAUGGGAAGAGGUGAAGGAGAUCAUAGACAGGAAGAAGAAAGGCUCCAGAGCCCUGGCGGACUUUGAGGACCAAAUGAACUCGAAUUGGAAGAAGGAGCUGGCGAAGAACAGAGAGAAGUUACUAGGUGGCGUUGACAAAUACAAGGAGAAAGAGAAAAAGAAGAGCGAGAAAGGAAAGAAAUCCAACCGGGUGAAGAAAGCUGUCUUCAAUGUUUUGUUGAAGACUGGUGGUAGACAUACUGCGCAUUCCUCUCCUUCAUCCUCAUCAAGUUCUGAUUCCUCUAGCAGCUCUUCCUCAGACUCUGAAGACGAGAAUGAAAAGAGCACCAAAAGGAAAAAGCGGUCCUCUAAGAAAGCAUCGGAUGACUCUACUGUAGAAUUGGAGCCUGACGGCAAGGACAAAUCAAAGAAGAGGAGGAAAAAGAAGCAGAAGAGAAAAAACCUCUUCUGAUGCGAGGUUAGACUAGAGAUGUGGCUCUUUCCACUAGUAGAGAGCUCCUGCCUUCCAACUACCAACAAAUCCCACCUGGGCUGCCUCCCAUGACUGGGGUAGUUGGUGCACUAUGGGAACUGCUGGCUUGAGAGUAUUAAACUAAUACCGCUUUCAAAACAACUGGGAACCUGGGGGAAUAAAACAAGCUCUGACUGGGGGAAAAUUGGUUUGAACGGUCAUCCAACUCGGAAUUCCAAGUCGGAAACUCUGACAUCUUUCUAGAACAGACUUUCCGACCUAAAAAUCAGACGUCAUGAUUUGGCCUCGUUUAUUUUCCGAGUUCACAGUUGUCUUGAAAGCAACAUAAGGACGGGUGAACUAGAAUCAAACCAUCUGUGAAAACAUAAUGUUUUUUAUUCAAUGUAAAUAAACGGCAAUAAGGAAACCACAA